UUUUCUUAGCAUUUUGCUUUUCCUACCCAACGUCUGUCUCGUUUCAGAAAUCUUUUGAGCAGCUAAUAAUGCUUCUUAACUACAGUUACAUUCAUUCAAAUUAUAACUUUCCCUGAAAACUAACAGUCACGCCCUCUCCAUUAUAAACAAGACACGGGGAAAAACUACACUUGAAUACACCUUUUACGUUACUUCAAUCUAAAAAUAAAAUAAUAUUUAGAAGGAAAUGAGAAAAUCAGUAGCAGAGAGUCUCAGCUAGUGCCACCUGAAUAUCUGACAAUCAUCACACUAACAAAAACCUACAUCCCGUAAUGGAUCCUAAAACUAGGGAGGCGGCAGCCCAAACGCCUUUCUAAAAAACUUCAGUAUGUCAAUUCCAAUGACGGUUCUGAGCUUCUAUGUUGUUGUCAUUAGAAUUCCCGAAGCAAAAUAAGGAAAAAAAGGAAAAAACUCAGAAAGAAACAAUGAAAAUGGGGUCACAGGAACAUCAACACCCAAUAAUUAUAUUCGAUGCAUGGAUGCGGGAGGCUGGGGAAGCAAAGCAAUUGGUAGAUGAAAUUGAGUCUCAUAUCAGGGAACGCGAUUCUGUGAUGGCAGCAGGGGCAGAUCCUUCUUAUCAUGUCUUGACAGCAGCCAGGCGUAAGCUCAUGGUGGUCGGCACCAAACUAGAUCGCCUCGAAUCUCUUAUCCACAACCCACCAACUAAGCCCAUAUUGAGUGAGAGGGAUUUACACAGCCGGAAAAAUAUGAUACUUGAUAUGCGGCAACAAUUAAAGCAAUUGGCACUCAGUCUAUGCACCUUGCAGUCUUCCAAGAAGUCUAGUGUCCAGGAUGCUAAAGCUAAUUUGCAGUUGGAGAAAGAGAAAGUUACUUGUCCCAAUAACAGCAAUCUUAGUUAUUUUCAAGGGCAAAAUGUGAAAGACAAAGAGCCUCUUUGUUCUGAGACUGACAAGAAGCAUAUGGUGAUAUCCGUUGAGGAGGAAAGCAACUUGCAGAUUCCACUUCUGGAGUCUGUGGAUAAGGAUGGCAACUCUAAUCAGUCUUCACAGGGGGUGCAUAAAAGCUUUUUGCUUGGGAGCAGAUGUUCUGAGAAGUGUCAGUUGAUGAUCAACUUGUUUCUAUUAAUAGUUGCAAUUGUGAUCAUAGUUUUUAUCAUUGUGGCCGCCAUCAAAUCAAUUUAACUAAUUCUUUCAUUCAUUGUAAUUAAGUUUAGGCUUUCCCAUUUGGGCAUUUUUGUAUGUAUGUUAAGCCUACACUGGCUGAUGUAUCAUAGUUUCCAGAUCUAUAUGUAAAGGUGUAUAUUAUGUUUUUUUAUCUAAAUAAAAAAAGUAUCAAACCAUAACA